UUUACAAAGAAAAUAAUGAAAUUCGGAACAUUUCUUAGAUAUUAAUUUUGUUUUUUUAUUCAACACUUUUAAAAUAUAUCAUUUUAAACUUCUUUGCCCAGAUGUCUGCCAGUAAUCAAGUCGCGACGCUGUCACGCACUUUCGUCACUAUACCACAAGUGGGUGGGGUAACGCGCGCAGAAUUAUCACCAAUGCUGUCGUACUAAUGCUUGGAAAAAUCCUUUAUGUGAUGUUGUCUAAACGACCUCUUAUUCUUUUAAACCGAUCUCCUUUUGAACAUUCAGAUACAUGUAUAUCUAUUCUGUAUUAUUUACUCAUUAUUUGCUUAUAGCCGAAAUUUAAACACUUAUCCGAAUACUAUUUAACUUGACAUUCAUUUGAAGAGUAAUUAUCCGUGAUUAUCUUUCUUGGAAGCGCAUAACGAUGCGCACAGAAAACUACCAAAAACGUCUUUAAGGGGAAGUAACUCAUGUUUACUAAAUUAUUUGUUCUUUUCUGUCUAUCUUAGGUAUUACUUACUAUUUUUGUUGUAUAACAUUUACCAGUUGUCAGGUCAUUAAAAGCAUAGAGGCCCUGAGGAGUGAAUAUUGAAAUAUUUUUCUUACAGGCUUUAUAUAUACCUUAAACUGGAUUUUUUAGUUUGUUCAGUUAGUAUACAUACCUACAGGUAUUCAUUCUGCUACAGGAAUCUUCUAUUCACUAUGUAAACUAAUUAUUAUUUUCUAUGUGUUUGUAUAUAAAUUGUUAAUAAAAUAACCUUUGGUAAAAAUGAAAGGUAGAAAUUUAGAAAAUUAAAGCUAUGCAUAUAGCAUACAUGUCCAUAUAUUAGAACAGAGAAAGGAUAACAUCCUGAAGUUAUCAAUUUUAAACACUUGAUAUAUAUGCAGUUAGUUAUAUAGUAAAGUCUUAUGGAAGGUUUAAAGAGAGACAGUAUUUGUUACUGUAAGAGAUAUGCAUUUAAUGUUUAGACACUAACACAACUCAAUCUUUAUUAUAUGAUAUAGACUUUUUGAGAUUUCUUUUUUACUUUUAUACUAUACAUCAUAGUUUUUUUCUACAAGAUUAUGAAUUCCAUCCAAGUGACAAUGUUCAUAGGAUGUUAUAUUUUUUUAAUAGAAACUCGGAAUUAUUAAUAUAAUGUGCAUACAUGUAUAUCUUAGUAUAUGGAUAUAAUGUGUAUUUCUGUAUUAAAAGACUUACAGUUAUGAUGGAUGAGGCCAAUGUUAAUGUUAAUGUUAGGAUUUCAUAUUUAUUUAAUAGAAACUGGGAAUUAUUAAUGUUAUGUGCAUACAUGUAUAUCUUAGUAUAUUGAUAUGAUGAGACUUAUGAUAUUUCUGUAGUUAAAGAGUUACAGUUAUGACAUUAUUAUUUAAGGGAUAUGACUUUCAUUUAAAGUUAUAAAUGAUAAAACAUGUAAUGAUUGAAAAUGUCCUUAAACUUGGAUCAAGCAAUAUAAUUUAUAAAGUCUCAAAAAAUCAUAUUUUGAAAAGUUAUGCUAAUUUUUUUCUAACAUGUGCAUACUGUGGUUUGAAAAGGACAGCUUCUGUCUUAUCUAUUGUAAUGGGAGAGUGUGUAAUGGAGGGACACCUGUGUCAACUUCCAGGGCCCCAAAGUCAACCCGACAACAUACUUUUUAUAGAGUAAAUUGUUACUUGCCCUUGAAUAAAUUUGUGCACUAAAUUUUAUAGUGGGUGAUUUGUGCCACAUGAAAACCAACAAAGUACAUAAAGAAACCGGGCGCCAGAUGAAAAUAUGAAAAUAUAAUCUACCACAAAGUGGUUCGUUUGUUGCAUUUUCAUGUUUUCGCCAAGUGCCCCUGAUGCAAAGUACAAAUUAGCCUUCAUUAAAUUUCUUACCAUAGAAUAAAAGGUAAGAUUUUUAUCUGUACAAAAAUAAGCAUGGUACAUGUAUAAGUACAGUUAUGUUCACUUUCAAAUUGACCUGUUAUAAAUAAUGGCACCACCAAUAACUGUCUAAGCCCUUUUUAGUAAAAAAUAAUUAUAUAAUAUAUUGUGAUUUUGGUCAAGACUAUGAGUAAGUAAAAUUUCUUUUCUUAUUUGUUUAAUUAAGAAUUAAUCUACCUGUUAAUUUCAAAAAGAAUUAAUCUACCUGUUAAUUUAAAAAUCAAAAAGUAUCUGUCACGUUUUAGAACUGUUCAAUAUUUAGAGGAGAAAAUGUGUAAGGGACCAGAUAGCUCAAUAGCUACAGCCGCGGUACAUUAUUUUGGGUCAUAGGUUCGAGUUCUGGUCAAGCUGAAAAGUUUUCUCAUCCUGUGACUGCAUUUAACCCUGAGUUUAAUUCACUAUGCUCUGUAAACAUCAGGAAAUUUAAGGACACAAAUCAAUAAAGUGGAGAAAUAUGUUGUGGUUUAGAACUGUUUCAUUAUUAAAGAGAAAAUGUGUAGCCGGCAGGAAAGCUAAGUUGGUCUUCUGACAGUCAUGGGUUCGUUUCAUAGUCAGGCAGUUUCUGUCAGGGUUUAGAAGUGGAUUUUCAACUGACACAUGUUUGAUUCAUUUAACAGAUUGUAUUAAAUUUGGAAUGGACAAAGGCAGUAUUGCAUGAUACUUUUAGAUCUACAAAAGACAUUUGAUUCAGUUGAUCACACUAUAUUGCACAUGAAGAAGUUCUUCUUCUUUUUCUUCUUCAUGAAACUUCAAGAAUCUGCCAUAGGUAAUGACAUUCUUACAUGGUUCAAGUCUUAUCUUUGAUCGACAGCAGCUGGUCGAUGUGGCUGGUACCCAUUCUACUACUGCUCUGAGUACUUAUGGUGUCCCCUGAGGUUCAUUUUAGGUACUCUUUUAUGUCUAAUAUAUGUCAAUGGCAUGUCUGCAAACCUAAGCAAUAAGCUUUUAUUAUAUGCUGAUGACUCAGGUAUCCUUGUAUCUGGUAAAAUAAAUCUGAGGAAAUUCUCUCUUAUGGCAUGAGUCUUAAAAGAUUGGUUAAUUGACUAUAACUUGUAUUUGCAUCUUGGCAAGACAGAGUCUAUUCUUUUUGGUUAAGUUUCAACUUAAACUGGGCCUAUCCUCCAGGUCAUAUGUAAUGGUAUUGCUAUAAAGUACACAUCUUUUGUUAAGUAUUCAGGUGCAACACUUGAUCAAUUUUUUUUGGCGUCGCCUUUGAUGCUUUGCAUCAAUGCUUUUCUUGUUUAACUUGUGUGUUUAUUCAAUUGUUUUUACUUGACGCUAUAAUAUUCAAGAUAUCUUUCGUUUAAUGUAAGUCAUCAAUGACUUAUAUCAGCUUGAAAAUAUAAGUAAGUACGUUGUAUACGUUGAUUUGAACAGAAGCUAGGUCUGGUGCUAUCGCCGACGGCUAACAUGGUCGAUUUAUUCUGUUGACAGUACGUAUGAAUAAGUAUUUCUCAGUAAAGUUGUAAAUCGGCUUUUUUUUAACUAAUAACACUAACGUUAUAUUGUUUUUAUUACAUCGCUUUAUUACACUCCUUAAAUUAUGUAAUUAAAGUAUAUUAAAAGUAAGCUUUUCAUAACUUGCACCAGUGAUAAGUAUGUCCAUAAAAUGAAGACAUAAGCAUUCUAUGCGUCAAAGAAUGUGCCAAUGAUUUAAUAUGAUACACAGAUAAUUUAAUUACCUAUUUCAUUUUUAUCUCUUCAAUUGAUGUAAGGAUUAUUAAUACUGCGUCGUUAUCCUUUGAUAUAGCAUAAUGUUUUCUGAUUUUAUCCAGAGUUUGUUUUCUUAAAUACCGAAGUGACAUUGACACCGUCAACACAAAACAUAGCUGAGAACACGCCAUUGACACUUACAUGCUCUUAUGUUGGUGAUCUUACUGUCGAAACAUACACAAUGACAACCUCCUCAGCAAGAACAGCAAUAGGAUCACUGCUUGCAGAUUGUUCCGUAUUUGCUAAACAACCAGAUCUAGCACUGUACAGUUACACCUGCCCUGCAAAUAAACAACUAUUAUGGACCAUCAGAAAUGUAACACGGUUUUAUGAUGGCGAUUCAUGGAGCUGUAUUAUAGGAUUUACUACAACUGGUAGCGAGAGGGCAGCCUAUACUAUUAGUGUUCAACUACCAAUACAGACUGUUCUAAUGAUGUCUCCAACGAACAAUGUAGUAACAGUACAGAAGAACAUUGAAACAGUAUAUUAAUUUGCAAAACAUCUGGAGGGAAACCGGCAGCUACAGUGAGGUGGUAUAAAGAUAACAGAACAACAACAACUAAUAAUGACAUGGAGAUUAUGGCAUUUGCCACAAUAGCAGAGACUACAAUUGAUGAACUGAUAUAUGUAACUAGUACACUCAGGUAUUCCCCGGGAAAAGAAGACAAUGGUAUGAAAAUAUACUGCAUUGCUAGAAAUUCUGUUAAUAAUCUUACAUCUAGCAGAAAACCGCAGCUCAAUGUACAGUAUUCACCAGAUGGUCCUCCUGUAAUUGAAGGUUUUAAUAACACUGAAACAUUUUACGUGAUAGAAAACAAUCAAAGUUUACUCUCGUGCUCAAUCAGUGGAGGAAAUCCACUAGCAACAUUGACUUGGGACUGCUUUAAUUCUGGAUCAACGUCGACUUCCUCUGUGGAAUCCAAUGUUACAAAAACUGUCACAUUAACAGCCUUACGUGGCCAAGAUAGAUCUUGUACAUGCAAAUCAUCUCAUCCAGUUGGUAGAACACAAUCAGUAACUGUUAAUAUUGAAGUGUUAUAUAAGGCAUCGAUUGUAUCAUUUGUUGUCCAAGGAAGAGUAAACGUUUCGUCAGUUACAGUAGAUGAGUAUGACGAUGUACUGUUUGUUUGUAAUAUAGACAGUUAUCCUAGACAAAUAUUGAAAUAGCAUUUCAAUAUAAAAUACUUCAUAGACAAAACAUGACAGACACGUUACGCUACACACAUAAAGCUGUUACUUGUCUCGAAUCUGGUAUUUAUACUUG